CGAAAAAGAAAGCCAACAAACAGAACUCAAUCAAAGAAGCCUGCUAUUAGACCAAAACACAGAAACUAUACAAGAAUUAAAUCAAAAAAUUGAGGAAAAAACGAACCAAAUUACUAACUUGGAAAAAGAAAGAGGGACGAGAGAUAUCAAAAUUUCUAGUUUACAAGCCGAAAAAGAAACUAUCGAAAAAGACUGA